GGAGGGAGGGAGAGAGGGAGAAUGAGAAUGAGAGAGAGAGAGACGGGCUGGCUAGCCUCACUCCUCCUGUACAGGCUGUGUGGAUGUCUGCAGAGGAGCUGCUGUUCUGCUGAUGUAGUGGUGGCUGUGGAUUCUGAUCUCCCGGUGUGGGUUUGGAUUCUGCCUGCUGGGUUCUGUCUGUGGGCUCUGGAGCUGGAGCUGGGGGCUGAGAUAGUGUCCUGACAUGCGUGGGAUCGAGACUGGCCCAUUCGGACUGACUCGUGAUCCAGUCUGGGGACGGGGGAAGUGCUGCUAGUGCUCUCUCUCUCUCUCUCUCUCUCUCUCUCUCUCCCCCCCCCCCCCCCUCUCUCCCUCUCUCUCUCCUCCCUCUCUCUGUGCUUGUACUGGGCAGUAGUAUUGCAGUGAGGUAUCUCUGUGGUAGAGCAGGCAGCUGUAACAGAGCCACUGUUCUGUGGCCACGCCCUGAGCUGAGCUGGCCUCAGCAUGGCCACCUGUCUCCACCUGCAUCUGCACCUGCGCCACUGCUACACCUGGAGCCCAGAUGAUGAGGUGGACCACCAGCACAGCACUACGGGGACCGAGGGGAGUAACUCUGGGGACACGACCCCGCCCACCAAGCGCAAGGGCAAGUUCUCCAGCCUGGGCAAGAUCUUCAAGCCCUGGAAAUGGCGGAAAAAGAAAAGCAGCGAGAAGUUUAAGGAAACUUCAGAAGUUCUGGAAAGAAAGAUCUCGAUGAGGCGGCCUCGGCAGGAGCUGAUCGAGAAGGGCGUGCUGAAGGAGAUACCGGACAAUGAAGCAGUGGAGGGGCACAGCACGAAGCCCCCCUAUGUGAAGAAUGGACACACUGUUCCAGUGAGCGGGGUGGGAGGGGUGGGGGGUGCGGGGCGCCCCCCCUCGGAGGGGGCGGAGUUCCGGGUGAACCCCACCUGGCUUCCGCAGGGGGGCGGGGCUGGGGAGAGGCGGGGCCGCCAGCCGCCCGCGGCAGACGGGGAGAAGAAGGCGGGGCUUCAGUGGCAGGCGGACGAGGGGCGUCGCCCCGGCAGGCUCCUCCCAGACGUGGAGAAGAAGCCCGUCCUGCAGAAGGGCCUAUCAGAGGACGGGCGCAGGACACGCCCCCCUUCAGACGCCGAGCGCAAAGCGCCCCUCCCCCGACACGCCUCCGCUGAGGAGGGCCGCACGCGCAGGGAGUCGAAUGGCAGCCGCUUCGUUCCGGACGCUGACUCCAUGCGGGACACUUUGAGGGAGCCCCUCCCUCCCAAACAGGCCAUCCUGCCGCCCAAGUGGCUGGUGAGCUCCACGCCGGAGCCCGGGAGCGAAGCCCCGCCCCCCCGCACGCCCGUCACUGUGGCCACGCCCUCCUACUCCGCCUCGUCCGGUCCCCCCGGCUCCUCGGCCGCCGGCCCGCUGGUCAAACCCGCGCGGAACGUCUCCUCAUCCGGGCCGCCGCCCCCCUCGCCCCCCGCGGCCCCCCCCGGCCCCCUGCAGGUCAAACAGCCCCCCGCCCCACCGCCCAAACCAGCCAACCGCAACAGCAACCCCACCCUGCUCGCCUCUCCCCUGCCGCGGGGGGAGAACGUGCACUUCCCCCUGUACUGGUCCUGCUGGAAGCGUGAGGGCGAAUACGACGUGUACCUGUCCCUCCCCGUCUACCUGUGUCGCAGAGCUGGAGCACCCCGCCCAGAACUGUCCCAGGCAGCCGGGGGGGUCAGUCUGGUGCCGGCCAAGCCCUCGCCCCCCAUGCCCCCGAAACGCACCACCCCCGUCACCAAGCGCCCCACAGAGGAGCCCCCCUCCUCCGCCCUGCCUCACCCCGCUUCCCUGUCUGAGGAGGACUACCACCUGCCCCCCCCUCCCCCGUCCCCACCCCUACCCACCCACGCGCCCCCCUCUCCCCCCCAGCACUCCUACCCCCACCCCCUGCCCCAGCCCCUCCCGGCCAUGUUCGACCCCCCCAGCCCCACGCUGGAGGCCCCCCGCCCCCCUCCUAUCCCGCUGCACAUCAUGAUCCAGCGAGCCCUGUCCAGCCCUGGGCCCGCCCUGCCCCACCCCGACGGCUCCCAGCGCGCCCACACCCUGCUGUUCGAGACCCCGCCCGAGUACCGCCCCCUGCCCGUCACCAUCCAGCCCCUCAAACAGGCUGAGGAUGACUACUCUGAUGAAGAGGAGGAGGAGGAAGAGGAGGAAGAGGAGGAGGAGGAGGAGCCUCUCUCGGAGCCCCUCCCCCUGCAGGCGGACCUGGAGCCGCGGAGCCGGCGCUGCCUGGUGGGCGAUGUGGGCGUGACCAUCAUCCCCGAGGGGGAGGGGCCAGAGACCAGCGAGGAGGAGGAGGAGGAGGAGGAGGAGGAAGAGGAAGGGGAGGAGCUAGCGGAGGAGGAACCGCAGGACGAAGACAGCGACUCGGAUGGGCCGGUUCUCUAUAAAGACGACGACUCCGACGAAGACGACGAUGAAGAAUGCCCGCCCAGUGCUCUGGCCAGCAGGGUCAGGAGGAAGGACACGUUGGCGCUGAAGCUGAGCAGUCGGCCGGCCGCUCCUGAGCGGAUGGCCCGGGAGGAGCAGAGCACGCUGUCCUGGCAGAGCAGGGAACAGUGGGAGGCCAUCCGCACACAGAUCGGCACUGCGCUGACCAGGCGACUGAGCCAGAGGCCAACAGCAGAGGAGUUGGAGCAGAGAAACAUCCUGCAGCCUAAGAACGAGGCCGACCGGCAGGCAGAAGUGAGGGAAAUCAAACGGCGGCUCACCAGGAAGCUGAGUCAGAGGCCUACCGUGGCCGAGCUACAGGCCCGGAAGAUUCUGCGGUUCCACGAGUACGUGGAAGUCACCAACGCUCAUGAUUACGACCGGCGCGCAGACAAGCCCUGGACUAAACUAACGCCUGCUGACAAGGCGGCGAUCCGGAAGGAGCUGAACGAGUUUAAGAGCUCCGAGAUGGAGGUGCACGAGGAGAGCCGGAUCUACACCAGGUUCCAUCGCCCGUAGCCCCCCCGCCCCGGGCGGGGAGGGAGGGAAAGCACUUACAGACCGGAUGUGGGCGGGGCCUGUGAGAGGGCUGAGCUCCCAUGCGUCAGGACUUAAGGACUGCCUCAUUACUCUUCUGAAUGUACAUCAGCCUCCGUCAGGACCGACCCUCCUGGGGACCAGGCAAGAUGGCCGCUCCCUCGCCGCCCCGCACUGCGGUUCGGCUGGGCGGGCGCGGGCGUGUUCGGAGGGCCAACGCAGUAUUUCCCCUGGACUUUACGAGGGGAGCCGUGUGCCAAGAGGAAGCAGCUGCACUGCGCCUCCCCGCCACCGGGGCGCUGUGGCCCCUCCCUCUCCGGGGAACGUCCGGGCAGCCUUCUGCUUUUAUCGUACUGAACAUUUGAUUCUCUUAUCGCUGAUCAGGAAAACUUAACUAACGACAAUAGUAAUAAUGUUGGCGACAGUAAUAAUAAUAAUAAUAAUAAUAAUAACUGUAAGAAACUGACUGAGGGGAAGGCGAGGCAGGGUGCUGCAGUGGAAGGCGGGGCUCUGGGACAUGUGUAUUGUGUAAGUGUGCGUGUAGAUUGCUGUAAUUUUCUUAGCCUAAUUAACCUGGAACAUUAUGAUACUGAACAUUUCUCGAGUGCACAUGGUUUUUAUUUUAUAAAUUUUUCGGAUGAAGAAUUUGCCGGGUUUGAAGGCGAGUCGACGGGGCUUCCUGGCUCGGGUGAUGAUGUAGGGUCGAGUCUGUGAGCGCAGGCUGUGUGUGUGUGUGUGUGCGUGUGAGCGUGCGAGUGUGUGUGCGUGCGCGUGUGUGUGUGCGUGAGCGUGCGAGUGUGUGUGCGUGCGCGUGUGUGUGUGUGU